CACAAAGGUAAACAAUAUGGCCGACAUACGAGAUAUAUCGGUGCGCGAAAGCGACACUGCUUAAUAAAUCAAUAUUUAAGCUAUGCACAUUAUAACGUUGUAUAGAUAUAUCAUUUAAAUGCACGGAUCGACUAAUUUUCCUGUUAGAGACAAAUUCUCUGCAUCACGAUGUCGUCGGAGAAGGUCCUUUAUCGGUUAGAUCAACCUCAUGGCAGCGGUAACAUUUAUAUUUCUUGGCGUCCUGGUAAUAGCACGCAUCUGGCCACAACAGGUUGCGAUUGCACCGUUGCCGUUUUUGACAGGCAAGGGGACAUUCAGGAGCGGAUACAGAUUCCUGGAUUGUGCACUGGCUUUGGCUGGGAUUCGGAUGGGGAUUUGUUAGCAAUAAUAUCGCAGAAUUCGUCAACUAUAAUUCUAUGGGAUGCCACAACUGGAAAAAAGUCCCAAAUAGACGCAGGUGUGAGGGAUGGACUUACCUGCAUGAUGUGGGCAAAGAAGAGCUGUCUGCUGGCGAUAGGAACGCAAAAAGGAAAUCUGGUGCUUUACGAUCACAUAAAUGCCAAGCGGAUACCUAUUUUGGGAAAGCAUAGAAAACGCAUUUUAUGCGGCGCAUGGUCGGCGGAUGGUCUUCUCGCCUUGGCGAGCGAGGACAAGGUUUUAACUAUUAGCACAAGCGAGGGAGACACCCGCCGAGAAAUAACUCUUCAAGGCGAUCCCUCUCAUAUACAAUUUAGCGAGAUGAAAAUGGAUCACAGGAUAGGUGGCGAAAACACAGUGUCCCUUAUUGUUAGUAAAACGACAUUGUUCUUGUACAACAUUCUGGACCCAGAAAAUCCUAUUGAAUUAGCUUUUCAGAAACGUUAUGGAUUAAUUGUAACUUAUAAAUGGUAUGGCGAUGGUUACAUAUUGGUAGGAUUUGAGGCUGGUUUUUUUAUAGCGAUAUCGACGCAUAUAAAGGAAGUCGGUCAAGAACUGUUUCAAAUUAAGAAUCACAGAGAUUCUCUGACGGAUGUCGCGUUGAACCAAGUGGUCGGAAAAGUGGCCACUAGUGGCGACAACACCUUGAAGGUACACAGUUUGCAGAAUCUCGAAGAAACUGAGACGUUGAUCACUGUGAUCAACGAGAAUGGCAUCAGCAAUAUCGAAUGGUCACCGGAUGGAACGAUGCUGGCAGUUGUGACUUACGUUGGCAAUAUUUUAAUUUAUUUGAUAGAAAUUCCGAAAUUAACCAGUAUCUGUGGCAACAGAAUAGCACUAUUAACGAGCCUGACAGAAGUGACUGUACAUCUUUAUACAUUAGACAAGGACAAACCAAAUCCGCAAAUAAUUAAUACUAUAAUAGAACCGGCGAUCUUGGCAGUGGGUCCAGUACAUUUAGUAGUAGGAUUAAACAAUAGAGCUCUCUUCUGGGAUUUGUCCAUAAGUCAAUAUGACAAAAUACAUUUCGAGAGAGAUUAUUUGGCCACUGUAGAUAGUAUGCAUUUAAACGAGACAUAUAUAUCGGUGCUGUUCGAUGGGAAAGUGCAGUUGCAUUCGAUUAAAACCGAUGAGGCUCUAAUAAAAGAUGGGAAGGAUACAAUAAUGUUCCCAGAUUCAAAUUCUUCCCACAGUAGAAUAAUGUGUCAUGCUCUUUGCACGGAUUUCCUAGUUUACGGUAACGACAUGGGUCAUAUUAUAUAUUUUUGCUUGGACACAUUUCGUCAAUGUACCGAAUUUAUACAUAACAAUGGAAUAAAGGAGCUAUAUUUGGAUGCGACUGGAGUACAAUUGUGCUUCGUUGACAAUAAGUCAGAUGUUUAUGUAUUUGAUCCGAUAAACGAAACGACCAUUGCCGUGCCUGAUUGUCCUGAUAAUAUUGAUGGUGUUCUUUGGGAUCAAAAUAUAUUUGAACGUACUAUAUUCGCGGUGUACAACAAAAGUGUUGUUGUAACAUACAUUUUUGUAAAAUACUUUGUUGAAGGUACCAAAGUGAUAAAAAUAAGUACGACUAAGUUGCCAUCAGACUCAGUGCCUUUACUAAUGUAUUCUGGCGAGGUAACGCUGAGUACAAUGGGUAGUAAAUUAAUACAGUUAACAUUAACAUCCCACGAAGACGUAGGGAAUAUCGUGGAGUCGAAAAAAAUUAAUGAGAUUUUAGAUAAUCAGAUUUUAUGUAGACGGUUUCAGCAAGCCUGGAAUAGUUGCGAAAAAUUAAAUGAAAAGAAUGGAUGGCUAAGACUGGGACGAAACGCCAUUGCAAAUUUAAAUGUCGAAUUUGCUAUUCGCGUGUAUCGGCAAAUGGAAGACGCAGCAAUGGUAUGGGCAUUACAAAAUAUGGAAAACAUAGAUGAAUUGGCUUUGUUGUGCGGUCACGCGUGUAUAUUACUAGAAGAUUAUAAUGAAGCCGAAAAGUAUUUUUUGCAAUCUUCCGAACCUGUACAAGCCUUGUAUCUUAGGAGAGAUUUAAUGCAAUGGGAACAAGCAUUAAGUUUGGCGCAAAAAUUAAAACCUGACGAGAUUCCUUUUAUUUCCAGAGAGUACGCUCAACAAUUGGAGUUCACGGGAAACUACCCAAAAGCUUUAACAAAUUAUGAACGUGGUUUAAUUGACUACAACACAUCCACUUUAACUACACAAAAUCCUCACCAUCGAGCUCAAUGUUUAGCAGGAAUAGCGAGAAUGUCUAUAAGAUGUGGUGAUAGUAGAAAAGGGGUUGGAAUAGCUAUGGAUAACGAAAGCUCGAGGUUACUACGGAAAGAAUGCGCUGAGAUUUUAGAAUCAAUGAAGCAAUUCAAUGAAGCUGCGCAGUUAUACGAAAAGGCCGAGUACUUUGACAAGGCAGCUUCUGCGUAUAUAAAAUUGAAAAAUUGGCACAAAGUGGGACAACUCCUACCGCAAAUAUCGUCGGCAAAAAUUAACAUACAAUAUGCUAAAGCCAAAGAAUCCGAGGGUAAAUAUGAAGAAGCUGCUAAAGCAUAUGAAACUGCUAAGGAUUAUGAUAACAUAAUCAGAAUUAAUCUUGAAUAUUUAAAUAAUCCUGCUCGCAGUGUUGAAAUUGUUCAACAAACUAAAAGCAUAGAAGGCGCAAAAAUGGUCGCAAAAUAUUUCCAAAAAAUGAAUGACUACAAUUCAGCUAUCAAAUUCUUAAUCCUGUCAAAUUGUCACGAUGAAGCCUUUCAGCUGGCCAAUCAACAUGGCAAAAUGGAAUUGUACGGAGAAAUAUUGGUGAAUACGAUCGAUGAUACUAAUGUCCGGAGAGAAGAUUUUAGAAGCCUUGCGAUCCAUUUUGAGUCUCAGAAAAAUAAUCUUUUAGCUGGAAAAUACUAUUACCACGCAAAAGAGUAUCAGAAGGCUUUACGACAUUUAUUGAAAGCUGCACAACUGGUUCCAGACGACGAUAGAGCGAUUACCUACGCCAUAGAUACUAUCGCAUCUUCCAAGGAUGACAAAUUAGCUAAUCAAUUGAUAGAUUUCUUAUUAGGUAGCGACGGAUUACCAAAGGAUCCGAAAUAUUUGUUCCGAUUGUAUAUGGCUAGAAAACAAUACAAAGAAGCGGCUAAGACGGCAAUUAUAAUUGCAAAUGAGGAGCAAAUUAAUGGUAACUACAGAAACGCUCACGACGUCCUGUUUGGCAUGUAUCAAGAAUUGAAGAGAAAUAAGAUUACCAUACCCUUGGAGAUGCAGACCAAUUUAAGACUCUUGCAUUCUUAUAUCCUAGUGAGAUUACACGUGAAAAGAAGUGAUCAUUUACGAGGUGCUCGGAUGCUUAUAAGAGUGGCCAACAACAUAUCGAAGUUUCCCUCACAUAUCGUACCGAUAUUAACUUCAACCGUGAUAGAAUGUCACAGAGCGGGCUUGAAGAACGCAGCUUUCAAUUUCGCCGCUAUGUUGAUGCGCCCCGAGUAUCGGGGACAAGUCGACGCAAAGUACAGCAAGAAAAUUGAGGCAAUCGUGAGGAAACCACCGAGAACAAAGGAUAUCGAGAACGAAGAUGAGCCUCUCACCUCGUGUCCAUACUGUAAGAGCAGGCUUCCUGAGACUGAAGUGACCUGUGAUAAGUGUAAAAACACUAUACCAUUUUGCAUUGCGACGGGACGGCACAUCGUCGAGGAUGAUUUUACGGUAUGCCCCCAUUGUGAUUUUCCAGCCAUCAGAAGUGAAUUUCUAAGAAUCGUGGAGUCUGAAGAGACUUGUCCAAUGUGCUCAGAGAGAGUUAAUCCCGAGGCCGUGUCGUCCACUACCGAUAUCCGUCCAUACCUCAGCUAUCAGGAAGAAAAGGAUAUCAUUAUAAAGGGUUAAAAGGCGUAUAAAUUAUGAAAGUGUAAAAACAAUUUUUACAUAUUUAAGCAUAGAAUAUAUGCCUUAAGUGGCAGCUAUAACUUAGCUCACACAAAGUAGGAAUAGGAAGAUAAGUAUCUGCAUCUCUGUGUUAUAUGAUUAAAGAUGCCUUAUUAUUGCCUCGUGCAAACACGCCAUAAUUAGCAGAUAACACGGUGUCUUCAUUUGCAAACAGUAGUGGUAGUAAAUAAGUUAUUCCAAUUGCCUUGGAUAAAGUGUCAGUAUUCCCGAUACAACUGUGCCGUCCACUAUAAGUACAAUUUAUUUGAGUAAGUAGAUUAUAUAUAAAUAUACAAAUAUAUAUGUAUAAAGUGUUGUUUGCUACACGAGCUACGUUUUGAUGUAGACAAUUACCAUAAAAGUGCGAAAUAAAAUGAUUGAUUCGCA